AUGGCCAUGGUUAACCUGGGAAGCAUUAAUGAGCUUUACAUGCUACCCAAUACCAGGACGUUACAUCCUAACAGCGGCCAUGGCAGCUUCAAGGCUACCAUAGUAGAAGAUAGGGGAGGACAACAUCGCUAUGAGCAUCUAGCUCUUGGCCGCGGCUUGGAAAGGCUGAGCUUCUCCAAGUCAAAAUCGUCUGUGGAUGGCCUGAGUGUAGCCCUCCACAUGUUAUCCCAAUCUGCGCUCUUACCAGCUCAUGGAAGGUUAGAUGCUACCGUCAAGCCUAUCCCGGCCUACGAAGGUUCGCAAGUCCAUAGAGUAGCCGUUCUGGCCUACUUUGAAAUAUCUUGGAAUGGAGGGCGAGCCCUGUAA